GCUAAUCGAUAACUAAACUAUGUAAUGAAACAUUCCACCGCAACAACGUCUGCAAAGGGAAAGUGUAUCCAUUCAGUUGUUGAGGAUAGUGUGUGAUUGUAUACAUUUCUACUGUUUUACCGAACAAAAUUAUUCAAAGAAUUGAACAUGGACAACAGGAUGUCAUUGUUGACGUCUCCAUUCGUUCCCGAAGGUAUGGUGGAUUUAAUGAAAAAACUAUCUAAAGGUGUCAUUAAGGAACGACCAGCAAAUAUUUAUGAAUAUGCCGCUGAGUUUUUCGAGCAAAUGUUAAUCGAACGUGAUGGUAGUCUGGACAAAGGUUAUGGCAAGUUUCGCUCCUAUUCGGAAUAUUGCAAGUUUAUGGACAAAAUGGAUCAGCGAAGGUUAAAUCAAACGACAAAGAAAGUGGAUGAGAUAGCCAAUACAGAGGACACAGUCGAUGCUCCCCAGGAGGAAGUACUUCAGUUGACUAAUAUUGAAGUGCAGGGUGUGGCCAUCCAAGGUGUUGAAAGAAAAAGCAAGGACAGUGUAAAAAAUGUUUCCAUUAAUCCAAAAUAUAAGAGCCAGAGUGAAAAAACGGCGAAGCCAGUUGUAUCUAAUGUGAAAAAUGCUAAAACAAAACCGAGAAAAUUAAGCUCAAAGAAACCGUCGGAAAAUUUAAUUGUGAUAAAAGAAGAAACUUCGGCCGAUGUGGACGAUAGCAGUAAUGGUGAUUUCAAACUACAUAAGGCAGCGAUGACUAUUCAGAAGGCGUUCCGUAUGUACAUGAGUAAGAAGAGCAGCCAAGAUGAACCUUCUUCACAAACAUUUGGAAAUGUUUCCCAGUUGUCAGAGGAUGCUGCAGCUGUGAUCAUCCAAAAAGCCUUCAAAUCUUUAAUACAGAAAUUAAAGCCAGAGGUACAGAAUCGUGAAAAAGCAGCGGAUGAAUCAAAUAACAACAUUGUGAUACCCGGUGCUGGUCAGGAAAUUGAGACAAAUGUCAAUAAAAUCAUAAAUAACACUGACGAACAUUCUAAACAGAUUCUUGUUGAUGACGGUCGAACAGAAGUAAAACACGACUUGGAACAUAAAGAUACGUUAGACGAAAAUACAUUGGAAGGCACGGCUACUAAUUCAGAGAUUGAAACGAAAGAAACCACGAAUUUAGAGAAAAUCACUGCCUUAGAAGCAACAGCAGCGCAACGAGUAGAAACCGAACAGAUCCGGAUUGAAGAUAAUAAAACUUCGUCUGAUGAAGGUAAUCAAAUAGCUAUUGCUUCUGACAACAAUGACGAGAGCGUCCAUAAUGAGGACUUAGCAUUGCAUCAGCAAAAUGACCCAUUAAUUCCCUCUACCACAAUUCCGCUUGACUUGAAAACCGAAAUAGACGAAAUUCAGAAAGUGACUGACCAGAGUGCGACCCCAUUGGAUGAAAUACAAUUAAAAGAAGAAGCUGAAGGAAGUGGUCCAGUGGAAAUUGAAGCUCAACCCCCAGAGAUUGAAGUUGCAACAAUAAGAUCAGAGAGUUUAAAAUCUGGGGAGACUAAGGACAAAAAUGUCUCUGAUGAUCCAGUAGUGGAUAACCAGACGGAACUCAUAACAAAUGUAACUGACGUGGCACUUGAAAAUAAGUCAGAUCUUAGCGACGUUGGUAAAAUCGCUAGCGACUCUGGGCAAGAUGACCUUACAGUGCCAUUGAAUUCCUCAGGAACGGAUUCUGACAUGGACCAUUUAAUCAGUGUUGGAAAUAAAGAAUCGGAAGGUCAAACAAUUUCGGUCGAACCCAGUGAAAAUACUUCCAAUAUAUCCGCACAAGAAGAGAAGCUAAAUGAUAUUAACGACAACGUUGAAAAGAACUCGUCGUCAACGGAUAACAAUCUCAUGCAAGAAGAAGUUUCCAAAUCACCAGUGAAACAGCAACUGUUUGUGGUCGACAAAGAUGGCAUUUACGUGAACAUGGAUUUGCUGCAAGAAAAAUUUGGUACAACUGAAAUUGGUGCAAUUGAUGACGGAACAGGCAACGAUAGUGAAAAGACGUUCAAGUUAAACAUACUGGAACGUGAAGAGAUUCUUGUAAAUCAAGAAAACAUUCAACAAAUUAAAGAUGAAGAAGUGGCAAUGAACACCGACAUUAUCGAUAAAUCCUUAAGUAUAGGAAAAAUCGUCGAGGAAAUGGGAAGUACCGGAAAAAUCGUUGAGGAAGUGGAAAGUACCGGAAAAAUCGUUGAGGAAGUGGAAACUGCAGCAAAAAUGGUUGAAGAAGUGGAAAGUACAGGAAAAAUCGUUGAGAAAGUGGCAGAGGAAUUGGAAAAUUCAGGAAAAAUCUUUUAUGAUGUGGAGAAUACAGGAAAAAUCGUCGAGGAAAUGGGAAGUACCGGAAAAAUCGUUGAGGAAGUGGAAAGUACCGGAAAACUCGUUGAGGAAGUGGAAACUGCAACAAAAAUGGUUGAAGAAGUGGAAAGUACAGGAAAAAUCGUUGAGAAAGUGGCAAAGGAAUUGGAAAAUUCAGGAAAAAUCUUAUAUGAUGUGGAAAAUACAGGAAAAAUUGUCGAGGAAACUGCAGCAAAAAUGGUUGAAGGAGUGGAAAGUACAGGAAAAAUCGUUGAGAAAGUCGCAGAGGAAUUGGACAGUUCAGGAGAAAUCUUUGAUGAUGUGGAAAAUACAGGAAAAAUCGUCGAGGAAGUGGAAAAUAAUACAGGAAAAAUCGUCGAGGAAGUGGAAAGUACAGCAGCGAGCAAUUGUGAUAUUAAAGACGAAGACGGGAAUGAGGAAUACGAACUGGCUGAGACUGUGGUGUUAAUGGAUAUACCAAGCAAGCCAUACCUCGAAAGUGAAAACGGACUUUCAACGGUGGCUUCUGAGAUCGACACAGCGGUAGUAAAUAAGUUGAACGAUGAAACAGACACACAUGCAGAAUCACUAGCAGAUGAAAAAAGUUUUCAAAGGUUUAGUGACCCAGUAAAAGUGAAAGAUAUCGACAAAAAGGUAGUAGAGACAACACCAGAUGAAGAAGAGAUUACGAAAAACGAAGCUGCUGUCGAAAGAAUCGAAAUAAUCGGGCAACAAUCGACUAAAAUUGAAGAUCCAGAAACGAUAUCCAAUCUUGACGGGGAUGCAAUUAAGGAACAUGGCAGUCAAGAGAAAGCUAAGAUCGAAAAUAUGGCAGGGCAAGUGAUUGGAAAUGAAUCAACUGAGGAAAUUGUGAAAACGGACAUUGUUUCUGAAGAGGAUGACAUUAGGAGCGAACAAGUAGACGGCCAGGUGAACCUUAACGAAGUGCCAGAAUUCGAUUCCGAGAAGAUUGUGGAAGUAGACACUGUGAAAGAAGAGCAAACUAAGGACAAAAAGAUUGAAAGUCAAUCCAACGAAGACGAAUUACCGGAAGAAACUGAAAAUGAAAAACUAGAUGGUGAAUUGAACCCAAACGAAUUAUCGUCGUCUCAUUCGGAGAAAGUGGAAGCUGUUAUUGAAGGUGAAGAAUCUAUAAGCGAUGGGGUCCAGCGCAAGUUGAACAUCAACGAAGUGAUGGUACCUGAAAGCAUUGCGAAGAUAGAAGCAGUGUUCGAAGUUAAAGAAGCUGAGAAUCAGAAUAUCGUAAGCCAGAGUAACAAAACCGAGUUGAUAGCAUCCAGUUCUGAGAAAAUUGUAAAGUUGGACGAUGAAGAAACUAAUAAUGAGAAUCUUGACAGCAAAUUGAAUAAAAGUGAAUUGAAGUCUUCCGAGACGGAGAAUAUUGUCAAAGUGGAAGCUGCUGAAGAGAUAGAAACUGAAACAGUCGAAGACCAAAUGGACGGUAAUGAAUUGCAGGCAGCCGAUUUUGAGAAGAUUGUGAAGGUGGAAGAUGUGGGAGAUGAUAAAAACGAUAAUCCUGAAAGCCACUUGAAGAAACGUGAAUUGACUUCAUCUAAUUCAGAAAAUAUUGCAAAAGUGGAAGCUAUUGAAGGGAAAGAAACUGAAAAAGUUGAAGACCAAUUACACAUUGACCAACUGCAACUGCAAGCGACCGAUGCUGGGAAGAUUAUGGAAGUGGGAGCAGUACUAGUAGGAUAUGAAACUAAAAACGAAAAUGUUGAAAACCAAUUGAGCACAAUCCAAUCCGAACCCGCUUCAUGCAGCUCCGAAGAUGGUUCUAUAAAAGGAAGAGAAAUUUCUGUAGCGAAUUGUAAAAACGAAGAUGGUCAACUAAGUCAAGAUAACUGUGUGUCGCUUGAGCCAGUUGUAAAAUCAGAAAAUCAGCUACCCAAAAAGGAUAACGAAGACAAUGUCGAAUUGGAAUCAAAGAUGUGCGGGAGAGAUGAUGAGGUGGUACAAGAAAAAUGUGAAAAUGUUUUACAAGAAAAUGAAGCUACAUCGUUGACUACUGAGAAAAUUGAUUUGCCGAAGACAGAAGAUGGAAGUGUAAAGGCAGAAAUCGCAGCAGAAAUCUCAGACCAAAUAGUAAAAAAUGAGGAGCUUGUUAAGGCUGCUACAAUAAUUCAAAAAGUAUUUCGUGGUUACAUUGCGAGAAAUUCUACGACUAAUCAAAAUACCAAGAAGAACCAACCUGAACUUUCGGCAGCUCUGAUAAUUCAAAAAUAUGCAAGGGGCUAUCUUGUAAGGAAAAACAUGCAAAAAAUCGAUAAGUUGGUGACUACCCAGGUUGCGUCUAAUGAUAUAAGGGAUGACGAAAGCGAUACUAACCAGACAGAAGAGAAUUCCAAUACUGCUGUAGUUCCUCAGCUUCCAGCCUAUUCAAAUAGAUUUUUAAUUCCGAAAGAUUCAUUUCUGGAAAGAGAAUCAUUUGCCGAUGAUGAAGACUAUGCCAGAACAUGCAAAGAGCUUGCAGCUACAAGCAUUCAAAAGACGUACAGAGGUUACAGGGUUCGUCGAUCAUUAAAAGCUUCAAGUGAAAAUGAUACUGAGACGGCUGACGUUCAUCAGGACGACGAAAAUGGAAUCGAACUGUUGGGCGGUAAUGAUCAAUUACAAAAUGCUGUGACCGAAGCGGACCGAGUAAUAUCUGAUGUUUUAAAUGUUGCAGCAGAUGUUCUUCCAGUUGAUACAUAUGACAUGGAUUCUUUCGAAGAUGAAAUUACUGAUGAGAAAAAUGUUGAAUCGGAAUCGCCAGAAAAAUCCAGUAAGCCUACAGAAGAUCGUGACGCAGUGCUCGGACCACUAAUACAUGAUAAUAUUCAUGUCGAAGGACAAAUGCAACAAAAGUACAAUCAAAUAAAGUUUCAAGGCAGUCCUAUCAAUCCCAUUGAAGAAAUGUCUGACUCCUCCGAACAACCAGAGACACCACGCGAAAAACCAGUGCAGACCAAUGCGGUCAAGUCAAAAACAAUAGAGUCUGACUCGCUAGAUAGCAAAGAUUGCGAAGGUUCAAAAUCAUUUUCCUAUGAGCAGCUGAGCAGUGAUUUAUCCGAUACUGAAGAGAACAAGAGAGAAUCAAUGAAGGAGUCUGAGGUUGAUGAAACAUCACGAGAUGAGCGAGAUGAUUUAUCAGAAGUGGAAAACUUCGACUUAUCAUCCUGUGGUGAGGAUUCGCUAGAAGCAAUGUAUUACAGUCUUCGUAAAAAUGAAAUAAUGGUAGAUAGAAUGCAGAAGCAAGUAGCCGAACAGCGAGAACCCAAAAAUAUUGAUGUCACAGGUGUUGCGGCCGAAAAUUUGAAAGUGGAAUUUCCGGAAAGGGUGACUGAAAAUUUAGAUGUUGCGAUGCAACAGGUCUUCAAAUCAAUGGAAUCAUCAAGCGAUUAUGAUGUUGGUAAAAAGGACGAAGAUGAUAACAGUUCCACACUGGACCUUGCAUUGGACGACAGUUCGUCAAUUAAUGAUGAAAAAGAAAUCGAAACUUCCAGGCAUAUUAAACAAACGGAAGAAGAAAAUUUGGAGGACAAUGAACAAUCACAAUCAGAAUCUACCGAUAGUACACAUCAUGCCAAUGAUGUCACUCAAAGUCAUGAAAGUCCUGAACGAAUUAUCAAUGUUGAAACGAGUACCAUGGACCAAGGUCAGCAAUCAGAUAGCUCGGUAAACUCUUCAACGAGAUUCAUUAUGAAAUCUCAAAGUGUUAGUGAAGACAUGAUGAAUCCCAUAAUGUUUGCAAUGAAACGGAAACAAGCUCUUUUGGAUCAGUUACACGUUCGACCAUAUCCACUCCAGGAAAAUCUAAGUGAAGAUCAUGACGCUUUCCCGGAACACUUACUCUCUGACAUCGACAUUGGCAACAUUCAGAGGAAAAUCUUUGCAUCUUCGGUAUCUGAAACUGACUCCGACUACAUUGAACCCAAUACAACCGGUCGACGACUUGUUCGAGAUGAUUUCAACAUAAGUACGGCUUUGGACCACUUGUCAACUGAUUCGGAUUCAACAAUUGUUUCCGCAGCAACGAAAAUUCAAGCCGGGGCAAGAGGUUUCCUGACACGACGUCGAUUACGUCGAUCCAGUGCUGGUGGCACAUCGAUUUCCUUCGAAAAACGAUAUUCAUUUGGUAACGCCGCCAUUGACAAAUCAUUGGAAGAUUUGAUAAAAAUGCAAGAGCAGAUAAAUUUGGAUGGAGCUGCGCUCAAAAUUCAACAGCAAUAUCGACGCUAUCAAGCUAGAAAGAAUAAUUUGAAAAAAGUCAGUCCAAUUCGUGAGCAAACAACAUUAGAAUUGUCUGGAGGAAGUUCAAUCGAAGGAAAUGAGGGAGUGGACGACAUUGUUGGUAUAAGGGAAAUCACUUUAGCUCAAAAGAAAGUGGAUGAUUGCCAGGACAAUGCGGAAGAAAAUAUUGACGCACAUCCGAUCAGCUUGAACAUUGACACUGUGGAUACUGUGGAGGCAAUUAAAAGAACGCCAGUUAAUCAAAGACGUCUGACACUUCAACGAGGUGACGCUGUACAGCGUAACUCACGGCCAGAUUCGCAAGACUUGAACACUAAAGAUGGAGAUCUCUCCAGCCCAGACAAUCAAUGUAACGAAAAAUGUAAAGAUUCGGAGACCGGAGAAUGCAUCGACAAGAUAAACAGUAAAAAGGAAAAGAAAGUCACAGCAUAUAAAAAUAUACAAUCAUUAAUCAAUAGAGGCAUUGGGCCGAGACAGCGAUCAAUGCCAGUUCAAAUAGACAGCGAAUUGAUGAGGAUCAUACCCAAACAUCUUCGAAAAAGGGUAAAAAGUGCUGACAUGGCGAAAAAGAGAAGUGGCUAAAGCUCACAUUUACUUACCAUAUUUUUGUUGCACAUUUUCUAUUAACACAAAAUAUUGGAAAUUAAAAAAAUUAAUGGAGUCUAUACUUGAGCUCAAGGAAUGCAAUGAUGUAUGGGAGAAAUGUUCCUUGUAGCAAUGCCAUCAUUUCGCAUAAACAUCAUUUUUUUGCUUGAACUCAUAAUAUGCUAAGGAAUUAAUCAGACGCAAAAUUGUAUUGCAACUUCUUUUACCUUUCACUCAAUAAAUGUAUUGCAAGUUAUCAUGCCUUUGAAGUGAAAUAAAUAUGAUACGAGUGUCUAGACAAA